AUGCGCAGUGGGGGAGUCCUGGCUAGUUCGCUGGUGGGCGGGGGCUCCACUGUGCAUGUGACAGACGUGGAAGCACAAGGAGACAAUGUCCAAACUGAGACUGUGUCAGAGACUGAAGAGAGACCGAAGCUCACGAACGAUUCCGCUGGAGAGAGACAUAAAGAGGAAGAUGAGUUGGAAAUGACAGAAGAAGAGCCCAUAGAUACCAAAGUAGAAGAAAGUCAAAAUUCUGCUAUGUCCCCAGACCAUGGCAAUCCUUCCCAUGAAACAACACAAUCAAGCCAAGACACAGAUGCAGCAAUUCCAAACGAAGACCACGGAGACAUAGUUACUGACAUAGACCAAGAAACUCAAGCAUGUAUAGAGAGUCUGAAGGUAGAUGGUGAUGGAGAUGGCUCACACCGACUGGACAGAGAAGCCCCAAACCGACAAACCGAUCCUGUAGGACCCACCAGCAACCACAGGAGUUAUUUAGAAUAUUCUUUAAUCCUAGAGCAACUAACGGAAGAACGCGCUCAGGCCGAGGAACGCUGUAAAAGUUUGCAGAUGAAGCUGGCUCCCAUUCUGGCCAAGAAACCCCGAGAGGAGGUGGAGAGGCUGGUGCAAGGGGAGGGGGACACGGCCCGCUACGAGGAGUGUCUGCGGAGGUUAACGGAGAUAAAGAUGAGAAUGAAGGAGGAGAGAGAGGAGGCGGAGAGGCGGGCGGUGGAGCUGAGGGAGCAGGCGCAGAGAAGGCUAAGCAAGGUGAGUGGUGAGUCAGAGCACAAGGCUGUACAGGCGUGGAAGCAGUUUGUGUUUGUGUGUGUCACAGGUUUAAAAGUGUCUGUUGAGGGGGUGUGA